AUGCCCCAGAUCAAGAUCAACGAGCAGGAGGUCGGCCCCAUUGGCUAUGGCCUCAUGGGCCUUACCUGGCGCGCGAACCCUUGCCCGGAAGAGCAGGCCUUUGAGGCUAUCAAAGCCGCACUUAGCAACGGCUGCAACUUCUUCAAUGGCGGGGAGUUCUAUGGGCCCCCAGAGUACAACUCCCUCGUGCUCCUGGAGCGCUACUUCGCCAAGUACCCCGAGGAUGCGGACAAGGUUGUUCUGAGUGUCAAGGGCGCGGCCGGGCCUCACGGCCACCAGCCCAACGGCACCGCGGCCGAGAUCAACAGGUCCAUCUCGCAGGUCAUCCGGCAGCUCAACGGGCGCAAGAAGCUCGACAUCUUCGAGUGCGCCCGCCGGGACCAGAACGUCUCCAUGGAGGAGACGUUCGGAGCCAUGCAGAAGUUCAUCGACGAGGGCAAGCUGGGGGGCAUCUCGCUCAGCGAGGUCCGCCACGAGACCCUCCUCGACGCCGUCAAGAUCACAAAGGUCGUGGCCGUCGAGAUCGAGCUCAGCCUGUUCGCGACUGAGGCCCUCUCCAACGGGAUCGCCGCCACGUGCGCCAAGCACAACAUCCCCAUCGUCGCCUACUCGCCCCUGGGCCGCGGUCUGCUCACCGGCGAGAUCAAGUCGCCCGAGGACAUCCCCAAGGACGACAUGAGACGUCACAUGCCGAGGUUCCAGCCCGGGAACUUUGAGCACAACAUCACCCUCGUCCACCAGGUCAACGAGAUGGCGAGGAAGAAGGGCUGCACCCCGGGCCAAUUCGCCCUGGGCUGGGUCCGGACGCUAUCAAAGCGGCCCGGCAUGCCCACCAUCAUCCCGAUCCCCGGCGCCACCACCGCGGAGCGGGUCAACGAGAACUCCAAGCUGGUGGACCUGACGGACGAGGAGAUGGGCGUGAUCGAUGGCAUUCUUGAGAAGAUGGAGGUCAAGGGUGCCCGCUAUCCUGAUUUCGUGCCCACUGAUACUUAG